AUGUCUUCUCCUCUGUCUGACGAUCUCGUGGAGGGCGAGCCUCCCGCGAUUGACCCUUAUGAGAUUCUUGGACUCGACCGCGAAGCAACAGCUGAUCAUGUCAAGUCGGCCUACCGCAAAGCGGCACUCAGGAAUCAUCCUGAUAAAGUCCCCGACGAUCAAAGAGAUGAAGCAAAGGAGAAGUUCCAGUCCAUCGCCUUCGCAUAUGCCAUCCUAUCAGAUCCCGCCCGGCGCAAGCGCUAUGACACGACCGGCUCUACCUCGGAGUCCAUUAUCGACUCAGAGGGCUUCAACUGGUCCGAUUACUACCGCGAGCAGUUCCGCGAUGCGAUUUCCGCCGAUGCCAUUGAGAAGUUUGCCAAGAAAUACAAGGGCUCUGACGAGGAGAAGGAUGAUAUUCUGAUUGCCUACGAAGAGUCUAAAGGUGAUAUGGACAAAGUUUACGAGACGGUAAUGCUGAGUGACGUUCUCGAGGACGACGAGCGUUUCCGCAAAAUCAUCGACGACGCCAUUGCCAGUGAUGAUGUCCCAGCGUUCAAGAGAUACACCAAGGAGAGCAAGCUCUCCAAGGCAGCUCGGGUCAAGGCCGCGAAAGGCGAGGCGCAGGAAGCUGAGGAAUACGCCAAGGAGCUCGGUGUCCACGACAAGCUCUUUGGCGGAGAUUCGAAAGGAAAGGGGAAGAAGAAGAAGGGCAAGGAUAACGGCGAGGACGAUCUGGCUGCGCUCAUCAAAAGCAACCAGCAGAAGCGGGCAGGUUUCUUAGACGAUCUCGCUGCCAAAUAUGGGGCUACAAGCCAGCCGAAGAAAGGCAAGAAAAGAGCGGUCAUAGAAGAAGAACCAUCAGAAGAGGCGUUCCAGGCCGCAGCAGCGCGGCUGAAAAAGGCCAAGUCAGAUGAGAGCAAACCUGCAAGAGCGGGUAGGAAGUCAAAUCGGUAG